GUAUAACAUUUAUGCAUGUUCUACAAAGCGGUUUAAGCGGUCAUCUAUACUUCGACUAGACGUUAGAUGCUCAUGCCGGGUCUAGAUAACCGGUGAAGGAAAAACCAAACAUGCCAUGAGACGUAGAAACGUCAACGACCAUAUAAUGGUAUUACUAUUAUAUGUGAUCCUACAAGAAGACACGGCCACCACAAAUCUCUGUCACACUCUCCUUCGUUUUCAACCUUGUAUAUUAUUUUUCUUCUUUCUAUUAUUUCUCUCUAAAUCUCAACAUUUUUAUAUAUACAACACACACGUCGAAGCCAAUAAAAAUCUCUACUACAAAAGUAAAAAUAAAGAAAAGAGUUCAAAAUGAAGAACACCAAUUUGCCUGAAGAAACCAAGGAACCAAUCUCUCCAGGAUCUUCUCACCGGAAACAAAACAAGACAGGUACAAAGACAUGUUUCCCGGAAACAACGGUGUUGUCAGGACGUGAUAGGCUAAAGAGACAUAGAGAAGAGGUUGCCGGAAAAGUUCCUAUACCGGAUAGUUGGGGAAAAGAAGGAUUGCUUAUGGGAUGGAUGGAUUUUUCGACCUUCGACGCUGCUUUUACGUCUAGCCAGAUUGUCUCUGCUCGAGCUGCGUUAAUGGCUGACUCAGGAGACGAUGCCGGAGCUAGAGGAAGUAGGCCUCAACGCCUUCGAGUUGAGAGUUCUUGUUGAUUUCAUUGUCUUAGAGAAAUGUUUAUGAAAUAAUACUCUCAUCAUGAUUUUGAAUGUUAUUAUUAGAUACCUUAUCUUCACAUUGAUUUUGAAAUUUUGAACCAUUGAUACAAUUAUUCAAAGUUUCAUAUAGUACUUGUCUAAUUGAAUUGAUUUGUAAAUGGAAUUUGCAUGUGCGUGAGACAAUUUGGCCAUUAUAUAGUUGGGAUGAGUAAUUUAUUUUCUGUUGAAAAUUGAGAGAUAUUGAUUAAGAAUUGUAUAGUGAAGUGAAGGAUUCAUGCUUUUCUGAUAACAUGCAAGUCAGAUUUUUUUAUUUUUUUUUCAUACUUUUUUUUUGUUUUCCUAUCAUGACAUUUUGGCUCACUUUUUCUUUUCUUUUUUUUGGUGAUCAACUUUAGAUUUUGAAUUUUCAGGGUUAUUAUCAAACUCUCUAUUAUUAUGAUUAUUUAAUGACCAUUUUCAA